AUGGCUAAGUAUUUUGAUGCAAUUGACACCCUUAUGGAAACGAUCAAAUUUGAAAGGAAGUGUAGACUUUCUGAUGAUUUUUUCUAUGAUGUUAUUAAGAUUUAUGGGCAUUUAGCUGGUAGAAUUAAUAGAGCAAUUGAGACCCUUUUUGAUAUGCCUAAUUAUAAGUGCUGGCCAAGUGUGAGAACUUUCAAUUUUGUUCUGAAUUUGUUAGUGAAUACUAAACAAUUUGAUGUUGUUCAUAAGGUGUAUAUUCGUGCUUCCGAAUUGGGUGUGGAGAUUGAUGCCUGUUGUUUGAAUAUUAUUGUCUAUGUCUCUGGGACUCUCCAAAAAUGUCGCUGGAUGCGUGUUGGAUCCUGCAAAAGUAGUGUAUUUUUGGAGGAUCCGACACGAGAUUGUCAACCCAAUGUGAGGACUUUUUCGACUAUAAUGCAUGCUUUAUGUGAGCGCGGUCACGUUGAUGAGGCUUUGGGCUUGUUAGAGAGGAUGGAAAAGGAGAAUGUUGAACCGGAUGCUAUCGUGUUUAACACGUUGAUUUCGGGGCUUAGGAAGCAACGUAGAGUUGACGAGGGGAUUGAGAUGUUCAAGAAAGUAAUGCUGAAAGGUUGUGAUCCGAAUCCAGGGACAUAUCAGGAGGUGUUGUAUGCUUUGCUUGAUGCUAAGAGGUAUUUAGAGGCUAAAGAUUUUAUGGAUGUCAUGAUUGAUAAGAGGGUGAAUCCAAGUUUUGAGUCUUAUAAGCUGUUGAUACAUGACCUUUGUAAUGGGAAGCUUCUUGGCGAUUUAGACUGGGCGUUGAGGCAGAUGGUGAGACACGGAUUUGUGCCGAGGAUGGGUCUGUGGAGGCAGAUUCUUGGUUGCUUGUUUCCUCGUGAUGGAGAUUGUUGUACUGCCUAG